AUGAUGGCGCAGGGCAGUGAGGCAGAUCCAUUCCUUCUUGACGUCAUCCACUUGCUUGGGAGAUACACGGACACUGCUCGAGAUGCCCUCGCAGCUGAGCUGGUGGACGAUAGAAGCGACCGAUGGGACCAGCCAGCAGCGGCUCUGGCAGUUGGUACGGAUUGCAGCCAGGAAGAGGAAGCCAUGCGGCAGCGAGGCCUGGAAGAAGAGCAGUCAGUUCUCAAGGCCCUAGACCGCUUUAACUCCAUGUCUUCCGCCGAGAACCGCCGUUGGAUCACCGGCUCCAAUGAGCUCCUGCAGAUGUACCUUGCUGCAAGGCGGCAGGAGCUGGAUGUGGUGAGACGCUGCUUCACCGAUGCGGAGUCGAAGGCCAAGUUCACAUCGGCGGUUACCGACCGGACGAACGCCCAUCUCGGGCCACUGGCGAAGAAGCUUCCCAGCUCCGCGCCACAGCCGGACGUGGACGUAGCCUCCACUCGGCAGGCUUGGGCCAAGGAGGUGAGCCAGGGUAUUGUUGCUUCCUUGCGGAAAGAAUGGCGUUCUGGCCAGAAAGAAAUAUUGCAGCUUCUGGCCAAGGACAUGCGCGCUGCAAUCCAGCACAUGACUGCAGCGCUGAAAACACAUCUUGUCACCCAGCAAAAGAUGUCUGAAUCUGCAGCAUCUGCUUGGAGCAGUCAAAUCACGAAGGUGCAGCAAAGACUGGCCCAGGUUGUACGUGCAUGCCGCCUGGCCUUCGAGGCGAUGUUGCAGGCCGAGUUGAAGGAGGUGAGCAGAUACACCGCUCGGCAGAAGGAGUUCUUCCAACGUGAAGUGCAACGCGCGCGUGAAGCUGAUGCAGAGGACUCGAAUGCAAGGGCGGCCCAGAUCAAGAAGUUGAAGCUUGCCCUUGCAAAGUGGCAGAAGCAGUACAUGAGCGAUGCCCUCCGAAGAGCGCAGGAAGCCCAGGCAAUGAAAGCUGCUAAAGAGACUGAUCUUGCUGAUGGCCUGGUCUUCCUGGACCAAAAAGGAAGCGAGUGGCUGGAUGCUCAGAUGCCAACAUUGAAAGAACAAGCACGGGAAGAGGCAGAGGCCGCCUUGGAGGGGUUUGGUGACGAGAAAGCCGAGCACUUGCCAGCGGUUCAGCAGGAGAUCCUGGGCCGACUGGCGGCUGAGUCGGCUCUUGAUCGUUUGGAGGCCUGUGGCAUCGUGCUCGAACACUUGUGGGAGGAAUCGAGUACCCAAGAUGCUUGGAACUUUCUUCACGGCUUAGAAGAGGAAAUACCAUGCACGGCAGCGGCCGUCGCCCUCUACGAGGAGCAUUUAGCACAACACGGCAUCUUCGCCCCCCUCGGAGGCUCGCUUGUCACCAGCUCGGCCUUAGAAGAGGCCGAAGCCGCGGCAGCGUCAGCUGUGUUAGCACCGGCGAAGCAGGAGACCGCAGCGAAGCGGCAAAGUUCUGCAGCUGCCAGUCUUGCGAAGAGAGAGCCGUCUGUUCCACCGCUGCCGCCGGCGGCUGUCGCCACUCCGACCGUGAUAAUGCCAAAGGCUCCGGAGCCGAAAGCAGGAGGCUAUCCUUCUGGUCCAUCUCGGGUCGCCCCUGCCGCAGCUCCAAAGGCUGCAGCAAAGCCUGUGGUGGUCUGGGUUGAUGUGAAUCCAAGGGCUUGGCAGAAGACCUCCUUGAAUGGCCACUCAGGCAUUUCCUUCCAGGGUUUCGAUGGCAAUCAGGACGCGAAGCCCUGGCUGCCUUACGUGAAGGACCGUGCGGCGUCGGACGAGCGCGUGGCUGUCUUGAUUCUGCUGGGGCCCCAACCGGUCCCCUAA